AAUAACAGUCCAUUUGAAGGGUCCACCCGAUUUAGGUUUACCUAUCCCAGGGCAACUCUCCUAAUUCCUCUAAAACUCCCAAAUAGAAUACAAAUAGAAUUGCCUCACUAAAUGGUAGCUUCUUUUCCAAGUAACACAACUCUACCAUUAAUAUAGUCAAUAUCAACGAAAGAACCAAACAAAAUAUUCAAGCUGCAGCGAAUUUCAUAGGUUGUUCAAAUCACGAUGAAACUAAAAAGAGAAGACAUCAAUGCGGCUUUACUUCUUUCUUGGUUGAAAUACACACCUGUUAGUGAACGAGAUAUCAAGAAUAUUAAACACCCUGCCCAAAUUCUUGAAGAAAAAUGUCCCAAUUUUCUUGAAAAUAAAUGCAGCAAAAAUCAUCUCAAAAUCACAAAAAACCAAGCCCCAAAAAAGAUUCGAUUUUUACCCAAAAAAUCGUCUGGCUCUAGUGUUAAUGGAGCAUUAGAAGCUUCUAGAAGCAAAGAUUGCAAUGAAGUUCCAAAAAGGGUGCGUAUUUUACCCUCAAGUUUGAUGAAUUUACCAAAAAAGGUACGAAUUUUACCAAAAAGCUCAUCUGGGUCCAGUGUAAAUGGAAAUCUAGAAGGUUCUAGAAAUCUCGAUUCAGUUCCAAAAAGUGUGAAAAUUUCACCCUCAACUUUGACAAAUUUACCAAAAAACCCAGAAACUUUAGAAGCUUCUAGAAAUCCCCUUCCAAAAAGGGUACGUAUUGCACCCUCAACAUAUUUACCAAAAAACCCAGAGUUACCAAAAUUACCUCCAAUUGAGAAUUUACAAACCCUAAUUGGAAAAUGCAGCAACCCAUUUGUGAAGCAAUUGACAAAAUCUGAUGUGGAUGAACAUCAAGGAAGGCUUUUAUUGAAUAAUGAUGAUGUGAAAAGACAAUUACUGCCCUUGUUAAAUGAUGAUUAUGAAGAUCUUGCUGAGGGUAUUGAAGUGAAAGUGUUUGAUCCAAUGGGUAAUUUUUAUCAUAUGAGAUUUAAGACUUGGGGGAAUUAUAAAAGUUAUGUGCUUGUUGGAAGUUGGAGAAAGUUUAUUAAGGAUCAUAAGUUGAAGGAAAAUGAUUGUGUUACUAUUUGGAUGUUUAGAAAUAAAGAAAGUGGUGAGCUUUGUUUUGCUUUAAAUUGGAGAAAAGAAGAUGAAGAUGAAGAAAAAGAAGAAGGGGAAAUUUAAGAAGAUUAAAUCUUUUUAUCUUUCUUGAACUAAAUAUAUUAGUAGUAUAUAGUAUUAGUUUGAUUAUUAGUGAUUAAGUGAUUGGAGUCCUUUAGUUAGUAGUAUUUAGUGUUUGAAGGGUAGUCUUGCAGCAACGAUAAAGUUAUUUCGGUGUUGCCUAUGGGUUGCAGGUUCGAGCCGUGAGAUUGAUAUUUGUGUCAGGGUAGAUUGUUUACGUUACAUGUCUUUAGAAUUUGGGUCCUAUGUAGACACGGAAUGUUUUGUGCACCGAGCUACUCCAUGGGAAGUUCCAAUUUUGUUUUGGUCCUUUUCUAACGGAAAGGACUAAUGAAUUUUUCCCAUCAGAAAUCGGAAGUAAAUAUAAAAUAUGCAGAGAUUAUUGAA